CGCCCUCAUGACAGCACUUUGCUGCGACUAUCAUUGCCAGGGAGUCAGUGGCUGGGGCCCGCCCUCCUGCAGCCAACCAUUUGACUCCUGCACACAGGGCUUUACAUCCAGCUUGGAAGAGGGCCGGCCGGCCCGGAACCCAGUAGUGCUGAGAGUGGGCAUCAACCGAGCAAGUGUUUAUGGGCCAGUGUGAACUGGACCUCCAGGGAUGGUCCAGAAGGGAGAUGGAACCAGCCUCUGAUAAAAAAGCAAGAGAGGAUUUGGCUAGAUGAACAGGCAGGGAAAGGCAUGCCAGGCGGCGGGGACAGUGGUUUAAACAAAGAUUGUCAAUUGAUGACACAGCAAUGAGACCAAAGCCCAAUCGGCUGCGUUGGAGUUGAUUCUCAGUACCAACAGCCACUCCGUAGGGUAGAGCAAAGUUCUGAAGAUGCUAAGUCUUUGGCAAACUACCACAGCUUUCUCUAUUGGAAGAAUGGGGUGGGCCAGUGUGUGUGUGUGUGUGUGUGUAGGGGGUGUGUGUGGAAUGGGGUCCACACCGCCGACCUUUCGGGUAGCAGUCAAGUGCUUACAUGAUGUGUUCCCAGGGCUUCUUUUAGACGGCAAAAUGACAUUAUGAGUACCUAGUCUAAACAUCAGACCAAUUGCUACCAUGAUCAGGUUCAAAUAAAAAGCUCACAUUUUGAAAGUGUUUUCGUUUAUAAAGCUAGUCAUUUGUGUCACCUCGUUUACAGCCUGGAGGCUACGGAACGCAAGUCCUCCCUUAGCUAGGUGAUGAACAUGUUAGCAACAGCCGUCAGGUGUUUUGCUGCAUGCUGGCUGCCCAGCAUACGCACUCUCAUUUACUUCUCACCCAAACCUGUGAGGUACGUUAGAAUUCCCAUUUUAUGCACGAGGGAAUGGAGGGGUGCUCAGACCAAGAGAGUUACCAAAGGAUACAAUUUGAAGUCCCGGAGACUAAAACCCUGCCCCUGUGUUUGCUUCACGGAAUCAGUCUGUCGCCAAACCCCUCCAGUAACUGGGAAAUCCAGUUUUCCAGUAACUGGGAAAUCCAGAUUUCCAGUAACGAAAUCCCGUUCGUUCUUCCUGCUUCACCUCCCUGCUUUCCUCUCAGUCGCUCCCACCUCUAGCCACCCUUCGUUUGUUCAGCAAGUGCUUCUUAAGAGAAUGAACCGGUGCUGCGUGGAAUGAAGCCAGGAAGGUGGGCUGGUACCAGAUGCUGUGGGCGGUUGUACCCAGGUGGCCUUGCUCCUCCUCACAGUCGUGGUGGCCUCCACAACGCCCACUGUCCCCAGGUCACCCUACGGCAGAAGUAAAGAUGUGCACCUCUCAGUUCUGCUUCCAACUUUCUGCCCUGACAGGCCUCCUGGGUCAAAAACUAUGGGGCCACAGCUGGUGGGCAUGAAGAAGGAGGUGACUUUAAGAGCAGAGUCAGUCCCAGGCCAGGGGGAAAUGCCUAUCACCAGGGAGGGUCCUUCAGGAAGGUGUUGCCCAAGGACUGAAUGGGUCAGGGGCAGAUAGGAACCAAGGGGCCGAUGGUAUGGGCCCUGGCUUGGGGUGAUGUGGUCAGCUGUCAUGAUCCCUUCUGUUCCUCACCCCCCACCCCCCAUUGGCAGUGACGUCUCUGUUCCGCCUCAUUCAUCCCAUACCUCCAUCCCAUCUCACCAAGCCGGGUGCCCAGUGGGCCCGCCCCCCUGCUGUGCAGUUCCCCUUUCCCAGGCUCCUCUGAGUCAGUGCCCACCUGCUCCUGCUUCCCCCACCUCCGCUCUGACCCCCUUUCUCCCUCUCUUAGGUCAUCUGGUCUUGGAUCUGGCCCAGGCCCAGUCCACUCUGGUACUGCCCACAGGCCUCAUUGCUGCAGCCAGCACCAUGACAGUGACCCUGCGCAGCAGCCGGGAGCUACCCUCAAGGCCUGACGGGGUGUUGCGAGUGGCCCUGCCCUCUGUGCUCACCCCACUGGCCCCACCAGGCCUGCCAGGGCCCCCCAGGUCUCCGGGGCUCUGUGACGACAGUCCCACCAGCUGCUUCGGGGCUGGCAGCCCUCAUGAGGAAGGGCUGGCUUGGGAGGAGCCGGCUGCCCCUCAGGACGUGUUCUCUGGCCCUGCCCGCUGCCCAGCCCCAUACACCUUCUCCUUUGAAAUGCUGGUGACUGGGCCGUGCCUGCUGGCAGGCCUGGAGAGUCCUUCUCAUGCCCUGCGGGCAGACGCCCUCCCUCACGCCAGCUCUGCAGCCACGGUCUGUGUCACUCUGGCGGAGAGCCACCGCUGUGACCGGGCCCUGGAGAUCCUGCUCCACCCCAGCGAACCCCACCAGCCGCACCUGAUGCUGGAAGCGGGCAGCCUGAGCUCCGCAGAGUAUGAGGCCCGGGUGAGGGCCCGCCGGGACUUCCAGAGGCUACAGCGAAGGGACAGUGAGGGGAACCGGCAGAUGUGGUUCCUGCAGCGGCGCUUCCACAAGGACAUCCUGCUGAACCCUGUGCUCAUGCUGAGCUUCUGCCCGGACCUGAGCGCCGCCGCGCCCGGACACCUGGGCACAGCCACGAGGGAGCUGUUCUUCCUGUUGGAUGGCAGCAGUGCCGCCCACAAGGAUGCCAUUGUGCUGGCUGUGAAGUCCCUGCCUCCCCGGACACUCAUCAAUCUGGCCACGUUCGGCAUGUCUGUGAGGCCCCUCUUCCCAGAGAGCCGACCUUGCAGUGACGACACGGCACAGCUCAUCUGUGAGGAUAUCGCAGGCCUGCAGGCUGUGAGCGGCCCCCCAGAUGUGCUGGCCGCACUGGACUGGGCGAUGGGGCAGCCCCAGCACAGGGCCUACCCCAGACAGCUGUUCCUGCUCACGGGGGCCUGCCCUGAGGCUGCCACUACCCACCAGGCCCUGGAGCUCAUGCGCUGGCACAGGGGGGUGGCCAGGUGCUUCUCUUUUGGCCUGGGGGCCCCCUGCCACCAGCUGCUCCAGGGUCUGUCUGCACUUAGCCGAGGCCAGGCUUACUUCCUGAGCCCUGGGGAGAGACUGCAGCCUUUGCUGGUGCAGGCUCUGCGGAAAGCACUAGAACCCGCUUUGAGUGACAUCUCUGUGGACUGGUUUGUGCCCGAUGCUGUGGAAGCGCUGCUGACGCCCCGGGAGAUCCCGGCCCUCUACCCGGGCGACCGGCUGCUCGGCUACUGCUCCCUUUUCAGGGUGGAUGGCUUCCGACCCCACCUGCCCGGGGGCCAAGAGCCUGGCUGGCAGAGCUUGGGUGGCUCCGUGUUCCCAUCCCCAGAGGAGGAGCCAUCUGCCACCAGCCCUGGCACUGAGCUCACUGGCACAACGGAACCACAGGGAACAGGCACUGUGUCAGCAGAGCUGUCCAGCGCGUGGGCUGUGGGGGACUCGGAGCAGAGUGCCGAUGCUCUGACCGACCCAGCCACUGACCCUGGGCCCAACCCAUCCUCCAACACAGCCAUCUGGCGCCGCAUCUUCCAGUCCUCCUACAUCCGGGAGCAGUAUGUGCUCACCCACUGCUCGGCCAGCCCUGAGCCAGGCCUGGGCUCUACCGGAAGCAGCGAGUCCCCCGGCUCCCAGGGCCCAGGCUCCCCUGAGGGAAGUGCACCCCCAAAUCCCCCUUCUCAGCAGGGCUGCCGCAGCCUGGCCUGGGUAGAACCUUCAGGAACCCGCUCCUGCCCACUGCCUGCCCCCCCAGCAACAGUUUCAUUCAAGGCUGGAGCUUUGAGUUCUGACGUUCUGGGCUAUCAGCGCCGAGCAGUUCUGGCUGGCCGAAGCCUCUCGUCCCCCCCAGGCUGGACCAAUGCAGCCCUUGUCCACCACCAGCACUCCACUCUGGCUUCGGCAUCAGAUGGGCCAGGCCCUGAGCCAGGACAGCAGCUGGGACAGGGCCUGGACGAUUCUGGAAACCUCCUCUCUCCAGCCCCCAUGGACUGGGAUAUGCUGAUGGAGCCCCCUUUCUUGUUCACGGCUUUGUCCCCCAGCGGGGAGGCCGCCCCUCCAGCGGUGCCCUUAUCCUCACCGGCUCCGCGCUGCCAUGUGGUGAUCCGGGGGCUGUGUGGCGAACAGCCCAUGUGCUGGGAGGUGGAUGUAGGGCUGGAGCCACUCUGGGGGCCUAGGGACGGAUCACAGCCUCCUUCAUCCUCUGAAAGAGAAACUGCUUGGGACCAAGCCCUCCACCGGCUGACGGCGGCCUCUGUCAUCCAGGACAAUGAGCAGCUGGCUCUCCGAGGAGGGGCUGAGACCCACGCAGAGCGGGGUCCUGCGCGGAAGUCCUGGCUCCGAGCCCUUCAGACAAGCAAGGUCAGCUGUGUACCCUCCCGCUUCACCUGCCCAGUCGCGGUGGAUGCGACUACCCGAGAAGUCCUGUCUGGAGCCCUGCAGGUGUGCAGCUCAGAGCUGGCCCCGCUCUCAGCCACCCCUCCUGCUUCUCAGGGCUCCCCAGAUGCGGGCCCUCGCCCAGGGCUCCAGGGUGGCUCCUGGGCCGGCGCCGGCCACCGGAACCAGAAUGACGACCCCGGGUCUGAGGGGGGGGCGCCUGGAGCCCUGCCUGCUGGUGCUCCCCACCCGCAGUCCCCCUCCAGGAUCGGCCUGGGCCGGCGGAGGGCGCGGGGUGCCGCCGGCUGCAGACUGACCAGCCCCGAGCCGGGCCAGGCGGGGGACGCCGGCCCUGACCACGACUACCUGCCGCUGCACCGCUGCGCCGCCGCCUUCGGCGAGUGGGAGCUGGCGGCGGCCAAGGCGGACGGCUGGCUGCGGGCCCAGCACCUGCCCGACGGCCUGGACGUGGCGGCGCUCAAGGCGGCGGCCCGGGGGCUCUUCCUGCUGCUGCGCCACUGGGACCAGAACCUACAGCUGCACCUGCUGUGCUACAGCCCAUCCAACGUGUGAGGGCCACCCCGCGGACUCCCGACAGACACUGCCACCCGGCUGGCUUCCGGGCUCUGGGAAGGGGUGGGGGUGGGGGGUGGCCGCCGCUGUGGCCCAGCACGAACUGCUUCUCCUCCCUUCCCAGACUCUCCCCAGCCCACAAAGUGCCUGCCUGUGCUCUCUCCUGCUCCUCCCAUCCAGUGUAUUACACACACACACACACACACACACACACACACACAAUCUGCUCCAGCAGGGCAGCAAGGGGAGAGAGCCACAGCCCCAGAUCCUAUGCAAUAAAGUGCCUCUCUAGACAGCCGACA